UCUCAAAACUACGAAAUUGGUGUGUUUAGCUUGCAUGCCAGGAAAUUGGUUUCGGUUUCUCCAGUUCGGAUAGAGGUUUCGAAAAAACUAUUUGCUUUAAAGAAAAGCUUAUAAGAAUGGUGAGAAGAUUGUUGAUAUCUGAUGUAUCUCCUGGAGAACAAGAUUGGUCUUGUAAGGUAUGUGUUGUAAACAAAUUGGAUGCCCAAGACUCCGAAACCACGCCGGGUAAUAAGUACAGACCAAUUAUUCUUCAAGAUGAAGCAGGCUACAAAGUUCAGGCAAUGACGUAUGCAAAUGAAAUUGACAUCUUUGAUAAUAAGUUAAGUUUGAAUGCAACAUACAUUAUCACGGAUGCAAUUGUAUCAAUUCCUAGAGGAAAGCUUGUGCUUCCGGAUGAAAGAUACAACUACCUCUGGACUUUAAAUAGAAAAUGUACUGUAGCUGUUGUUCCUGAUGAUGAUGGACUCCAAGUUAUGCAAGAACCAAAAAUAGAUGAGAUUUCAUUUUCUCAUUUUCACAAGUACAUUAAUACAGAGCAAAAAAUCAGUGUUAUGGCUGUUGUUAUACACAAGCUGCCAAGGAAGCAUAUUGAUUCGAAAAAUAGAAAAAUUGAUGCUGCAGAUAUCGUGUUGGUGGAUGAACAAUGA